CACCACAGCAUCAAUGCCCGUAAACGUCCUAAUCGUCGGCGCCGGCGCCGUCGGUGCCUUCUAUGCCUCCCGUCUCGCCCAAGUCCCAAACGUCCACGUCUCCGUAAUAUGCCGCUCCAACUACGCCGCCGUCGCUGCUUCAGGCUUCGCGGUCACCUCCCCUCAAUACGGCGACUACACCUUCACCCCCACCCACACCUUCGCCAACCCCGACGAGGCGCGGCGGAGCAACAUUAGCUGGGACUACAUACUCGUGAGCACGAAGGCGCUCCCCGACGUCAGCAACGACUCGGAGAUACUCGAAGGACUUGUGGGAGACAACACCGCCAUCGUCCUGGUGCAGAACGGACUGGGCGUCGAAGCGCCGUACGCCAAACGUUUCCCCAAAGCUACAAUAUGCAGUGCGGUCACGAUUGUCAGUGCGGCGCAGACGAGCCAUGGUAAGAUCAAGCACAAUCGCUGGACGCGCAUAAACGUAGGGCCCUACCUACCGCACCUGGAUACCGGAGACACGAAAGCCAGCGAUGCGGAAGCGAUUGCGCGGAACGACAAGUUUGUAGAGCUGCUGAAGGAGGGAGGGGUCAAGGAUGCGGACGCCUACGACCAUGCUAAGCUCCAGCUCGUCCGCUGGCACAAGAUUGCUAUCAACGCAUCUAUGAACCCGUCGUCUGUGCUCUCGGGCGGGACACCGAAUGGCGCCAUGGCACUCGAUGACGAGCUGUACCGGCAUCUGAAAGGAGUCAUGGACGAGGUGCUGAGCACGGCGCCAAAGGUGCUUGGGAAGCCGUUCCCAAAGGAGUUCGCGACGACUGAGCAGCUGCUGAGGAGCACGCAGAAGAAUACGAGUGGGAGUAAGCCCAGCAUGGCGUUAGAUUGGGAGCAGGGGAAGAGGAUGGAACUAGAGGUUAUAUUGGGUAACCCGAUUAGGGUGGCAAGGGAGAGGGGGUUUGAGAUGCCGCGGAUGCAGAGUUUGUACGCGUUACUAAGGAUGGCACAGGAGAAUAGGGAGAAGCUGAAGCUGCAGAGUAAAAUAUGAAGCGUGCUGGUUAUAUUGCUUCCCGCCCCUCGGAUAUCACGUGAUAUAUACAUG